AAAAACCAAAGAAAGAAAAAAAGAGUUGUAAAUAUUUUAGAGAGGAAAAUAAGGCGGGGAAAAGGAUCACGAUUCACAAAAUUAGUGGAAGUCUAAAGUGUUCUUUCUUAUUAAUCGGAUUCGGAGAUCUGGUCUUCUUUGUAUGGAGAAUUGGCGUUGAGAUUUCUGGGGGAUUUGGUUUUAUGGUUAGGCCUUAUAAAUUUUAUGACAAGACGAGCUGAAAAUAAAUCACUGGAAUCAUUGUUUCCGGUUCAUGAGCUUAGGGUGAAUUUUAUGAAUUUCUUGGCUUUAGAUAUAGAUUAGUGAUUUGGUCCUUUUUUUCUUUCUUUCAUUUUUUUUUUUUUUGCGGUAACUUCUAAUCAAGGGAGAUUAUGGGAAAGAGAAACACGUUUGGGGCAAGAAAUUCAAAUACAAGGGUUAGAUCUAAGGACAAGGGUUCAGAUGAUUCAGAUGAGGAUUAUGUAAUAUCAGACGAGGAUGAAGAAGAAUCCGAGGCUGAUCUUAAGGAGUAUGCCUCAUCUUUAGACGGUGAAGCAUCCUGUGAUGGCUUCGACGGAUCAGAUGCGGUGGAGGAUGAGGAGGAAUUAGAUGAGGUGGAGGAGGAAGAUGUGUUGCUAAGGAACGUUGAGUGGCCAAAAGUGAAAACUGGUCCUCGUGGUAAUCGGAAAAUCACGGGAUGCAAGUCAAGAAAGAUGAGCCAGGUUGCAUCUGACAACGAAGAUGUGGAUCUAGAUGAUGCGGAUGACGACGAGGAGGAGAUACGAAAUUCAAGGAAGGUUGGUGGAAGGUCUAGUGUACAAGAGAAACACGGAGGAAUUGGUUUAGGAAAGCGAAGGAGAGUUUUCUACGAGAUUGAAGAUGAAGAUGGAGACUAUCCAGAGGAGGAUGGCGAAGAAGAGGAAGAGAGGGAUGUCAGGUCUGAACAAGUGGAUUUAGAUGGAGAGAUGGCAUUGGAAGAGCAGGACAAUGUGUCACACGAGACCGAAAAGGAAGAUGAUGGAGAUUAUGAAGGUGAAGAUGGCGAUGAGGAAUUUACCGCAGAUGAAGAUGUCUCAUUAGACGAGGAAGAGGAGGAAGAAACAAUUGCAUGCAACAGAAAAUCACUGAUGGUUUGCAGGAAAAACAAGCGAAAACAGAGAUCUGGAAGAGGGCGUAAACGAAGAAAGAAAUGCUCUGUUGCAAAAACUCGUGUGACAAAUGGAAGAAAGAGACGUGGGAAAAAAACAAAGGAAGAAGUUGAUGAUGAUGGUGAUUUUGUAGAUGACUGCCUACCUGCAAGAAAGAAGGCGAAGACGAAAUCAUCAAGGCCAAGGCGUCGGUGUACUGUGCCAUCAGAUUCAGACAUUGCAUCCUCUGGAGAAUCUGAAUAUGAGUACACAAUCUCGGAGGAGGAAAGAGAGCAGGUAAGAGAAGCCGGUAGUUUGUUGAGAAGUAGUGGGAAUCAUGUAUCAUCUAUAAGACAAACUACGGUCAAGAAAGAUUUUCCUCAGCUUUGCAAGUCUCCUGUGAAAAAAGCCGAAAAGAAGGUAGAGCUAGUGAAAAGAGAUGUGAUGAAAAACGUUUGUGGGAUUUGUCUGUCUGAGGAAGACAUGCGAAGAUUAAAGGGAACAUUGGACUGCUGUAGUCAUUACUUUUGCUUCACUUGCAUAAUGGAGUGGUCAAAAGUAGAAUCUCGAUGCCCACUAUGCAAGCAGCGGUUCAGAACAAUCAGUAAGCCUGCAAGAUCUACACCUGGAGUAGAUUUGAGAGAAGUCGUGAUACCUGUACCUGAACGGGAUCAGGUUUAUCAACCGACUGAAGAAGAGUUGAGGAGUUAUCUUGAUCCCUAUGAAAAUACAAUAUGUACGGAAUGUCACCAAGGUGAAGAUGAUGGGCAUAUGUUGCUUUGUGAUCUUUGUGAUUCAUCUGCCCAUACUUACUGUGUUGGUCUCGGGAUGGAAGUACCUGAAGGUAACUGGUACUGUGAAGGUUGUAGACCCGUUGCACUUGGAUCAGCUAGUUCCGAAACACACACUACAUCCGAGCAACAAAGAAUCAGUGGCUUUAAUAAUAGACCAUCACCUCUUGUAGUUUCAGGGCAACAUCAAGAUGCGUCUUUGCUAGUCUCUCCACGUACUUCGUUUUUCAACGGAGAGUUCUUUUUUUCUCCAAGGCUUCCAAAUGGUGAUGGUCAAGUCUCUUCUCCAUCCGGCCUAGGGGCAACCACAUUAUCAAGAAGAAGGACGCUUCAUAGACACAUACAGCAUAUUAUCAAUAGUGACAGACUUAGUAAUAUGGGUAGUAGAAUUGCUGGAACAUCGAUGAUUGCUAACUCGGGUGAUGGUUUUGUGACUACACAAAUUGGUCAGUACGGUAGAGAAAGAGAACGGUCUCAACCUGCAGUGACUCAAGGAGCAGGGACGUCGCUGUAUGCAAUCUCUGAAGAAAGACUACCCAAUAGCAAUCCAUUGAUUUCUGUCCAUGACCCUGAGCUUUUGUCUCCAAAGUUAGAUCAUUUUGGAAGCGAAGAAGCAGUCAGACGUUUGUCUAGUAAUACAUUUCCUGGCGAUCGAUCUAUUGAUUUAGGAUUACGUCAUGGACUUGCCCAGGCUGGUCCCUUGUUUGGUAAUCAACAUCUUCCCAGCUACAUGCCAAAUACAAUGCCUUCCACGGUACGAGAACGACUGCAACAAAGAGUUAUAGCCCAUCUGAAGAACUUGUCCAGUCAAAUCGACUUAGGUCAAGCCACGUUUGACGAGAUUUCCACGUGCUCAAUACACACGAUACUGGCAGCUUGUGGACUGGAACACAAGAGCAGUGAAGUUCAUCUUGUUCCGCCACCAGUGACGUGUCCUCAUGGUGAUAUGACACCUGGCAGCAGCAGUAGCAGUAGCAGCAACAACAGCAGUAGCAGCGGCCUGAUGAAAGGGUGUUGCUAUUCUUGUUUUGAUUCAUUUGUAGAGGAUGUAGUUAAGAUGAUCCUGGACACAAGACAACCCCAUUGGUUGCGUUUAGGGCUCCACUAAAUCACCACUUGCUUCAAUUGUUUAGAUUUAUUAGAAAAUUGAUAUUUUUUUUCUUCUUUUGUCAUUGUUCAGAUCUUGAACCUUUAUUUUAGCCAUUGUAUAUGAUACAAGUAUGAUCUAUUUUCACUGAUAAAAGAAUGAUCUUCUUA